GUCCGUCUAUAUCUCCGUCAGAUUCGCUGCCCCGUGGAGUCUUUUGCACAACAGCAGCCAGCCAUUGGACCACUUCGGCCAACCCGGAUGUCACAGCAUCGACGACCUUGUUGACAAAUGGGAGCUAUACCAGCAUAUUUGAUACUUUGUACCUAAUAUCCACGAAAGAGACGCCGACUCCCCGAAACUGGCGGACCUGGCCUAUUACACCGUACUACCACGAAACCUCGAUCGCUUCAACACUCAACAAAACAGCGCCGCAAGACUUUCAAGGUAGCGGGGCUGCAGAUUAUGGAGAACAGUGUCCACAGCUUUCAAAGUCAAUCAAUAACUCAGGAUUAUCGCCACUCUUGACUUCUGACGCGACGACGUCGGCUGACCCGCGGGUUGCGCGUCGCGCUGCUCCAUCAGUACAUAAAUUCGUCCAACAUAACCGUUGCAUGACCAGCUGGCGCCGGGUCGCCAUAUGACCUUGGGCACCAGAUGGGACUCUCAGAGCCUCCGUCAUGGACCCUGGGGAUUAUGAUACCAACACACUGCUCAUUAAUGACAUAGCUUCCAUUGCAUUCCGUGUGUACGAGCCUGUAUUCACCUCCUCAGCGUAUACAUUUUCUGCCUCCGACGUCGAGAGGGACCUGAGAAAAGAUGGACACCUGGUUUAUGCGGACGGCAUCCGCCGAGGGAUUUGGUGCUUCUAUCUUGUCGGGAAGGAGGGCUCGAAUAUCACUCAGGCUGCUCCACAAAGUCUGGGGGCGUCAUUGGAAGUAUGUGGGUAUAAACUCAAUCGAGUCGAUGAGGGUGGCUUCGAGCCCAUAGGUCUGCUAAAGACCCGACAUACUGCCACAGGCGCGCUCAACCCAAGAAGCAGCGCCUCGCCCGCCGGGUCUGUCAUGGAGCAGCCGUCUUCCCGCAGUGCACAAUCGCCUGGUUCUUUGCCUCAACAAAAUUGGACCACUGGGCCACCGGAUCAGGAAGCCAAGCCCGACGCAAGAGGCUACUCGAGCGUGCCGGUCAGGGAAAUUUAUGGCUAUUUCAUCAAGGCUAUACUCUCUAGUCUUUCAACUGCGUUCUGUUCCGUCAUUGGAGCCAUAGCCCUUAAUUCGCGCACAUUCCUAUUGCCAUCUAAAGCCUUUGCAAGCUCUGAAGGUACCGUCGGACCGCAUGUUCCGAAAGCUAAUCUCGCAACACUCCGUGUAUACCUUACGACUACAGGAUCACUCGUAAUGAGUCUCACAAUUUCCUGUGUGGAUGGGCUCAUGGCAUCUGCGGAUCGUAUCGCAGCCAACCCGAUGGCUGCUAAAGUUCCAGUGCUUGUGGCGCCAUUAGGGGCUUUUGGCACGCUUCAAGGUGUUGUUGAUGGGGCGGUUGGUAUUGGCCAUUGCUCACCGCAAUCUCCAGAAGCCCAAGUAGCCAGCUUGCGGCGGGACAUGGAUGGCAGUGUCGGGCGCUACAGGGACGAUUGCCUUCAGUUGCUACGACUACGAGGGAUUCCGCUUUCUGUCCUUGAAGAGACGCCAUGGGUGAUAAUUCAUUCGCUGAGAAAGAGAGUAUCUAAGCAGGCGUUGGACGGCAAAGCCACCCCUGGUGGUGUCCUCGGCGUUGGAUCUCUCUGCUGGCCAUCCGUACUCUGCUUUCACAAAGCUCCUCGAGUGUAUCAACAACCAUGUGCUUCGCACCGCAGCGUCUCUGGUGGAUUCAAUGCGAAGUCGCUGGACCCCUUAUCAUUUGCAAGUUCAUGGCUUAUAGGUUCCGAGAAGCGCGACUCUAUGCUACUCAAGCGCCAGAAAGAGAGGGAGGCUGCCGUCGCCUCUCGACACGUGGGGGACAAGGAGGGCUUGGCACAGACUCUCAGUACAUAUUCACCCCUUACCUUGCGGCGGCAGAGUAACUCUAACGCGCCGCCUGUCCCCGGAGCGAUGUAUCCAACGCCACCGGACGGCGUUCAAAAUCCUGCUGCUGUGGCCCAGUACCUUGAAGCAGCUGUGUCAAGUCCAGCUAACGCUACUACCGUCGCUGCAGUUGCUCCAAACGAUGUUGACACGGUCAUGACACAGGCAGGUGGCAUGGGUGAAGCUUUUACCGAAAGUUGGGACAACGCAGAUAAGCGCGCGGAUAGUGGAUACCUCGAGAUAUCUGGCGGCAUGGGCUCUGAUAUAUUUGGCGACAACAGUAUCACGGAUGCCGACUUCAACUUUUUUGACGAUCAGCCUGGGGGUGGAGAUCUGGACUUCUCCAGUGCAGCUGGCGAGACUGGUGGCUCACUGGACUUGACCGUCACUAAGAUUCCAAGCUUUGAAGGACUACCACAAAACCCGCCCACGAAACCCCCAAUGCAAGCUGCCAUGCCGCCUCCUGUGCCAGUAUUCGCAAAACCAGAACUGAGGCAUGCGCGGAGUAGCAUGAUGGGCAAUAUACGACAUGCUAAUGGGGAAAACCGGGCACGCAAACAAGCUGCGGCGGGUAUUAAGCGGGUACCUAGCCCAUUUAACGCCAAUAUUGUGUAUAAGCGAGUUAGAGCAUCGCUGUCACUGCAGAGCUUGCCCAAAAAUCCUGCCACAGCAAUAUCUCCCAUGAGGCGGGGAAGCAUAUAUGAGAAACUAGGGUUCGACUCGUCGCUUGCAGUGAACAAUAGCAAGUAUCAAGAAAACGGAAAAUUCGGGUAUCGCUGGGACUCCAAUCCAGGGCAGAGGGAUGCAGCUCAUGUUUCGGCCCCUACUACGACGAGCUAUUUUCAGCGUCAUGGUAAAAAGCGCGCCAAGUUAAAAGAAGCCCCAGAGCAAGUUGGCGCUCUUGUUGCCAAGAUCACAGGGGAUCUAGAGGCCAGUUCUCUCCACCAGAGCCCAACGAAGAUUGAUGAACAACCGUCGGACGACGACUUGAGCCUAGUCUCGGACGUGGACGACUCAAGCUACACCAGUGAGGAACCUUCUUCGCCCGCAAAAUCCAUUGCAACCAGGCGUCGUCCAGAGGAUGAUGCGAAUUCCAUGGCAUUGUCUCUAAGGGACUUGGAAAACAUGGGUGCGCCUUCGCCUCAGCUUCCUGUGGACCUUUCUAGGUUUUCCAACGAGCCUCUUGAGCUGCCACUAGCCAAAUAUUUUGCCGACCGUCAGUCUGUCGAGUUGCAAGGGUCGUUAACGGACGAGGAUUUCAUCAACACGGCUCAGAUCUUGACCGAACAGGCAGCCUCUGGGCUCUUACGAUUAACUACACCCCCACUUGACUCAGACUUUGCGAACUCUAGGGAAACGCGUCGGAACCUGGCUCUCUGUAACCGCCACUGCUUACAAGUGCUUUGUUCAGCUCUUCCGUCAUCGCUACGUGGGACGAAUGAGAGUCGCUUCAAGGGGCUUGUUGAUUUGCAAGAUGUUCCAAUACUGGGCCCGCCUCCUCGACAACAAGCCAGACCCCCGGGCAGCAUGGAGCAGAUACGGCCAAGCGUUUUCCAGAUCCAACCGCCGCAAUUUGAGUUGCGGCGCCAUGAAACCCGUCUUUCCUUGCUUCCUUCUUGCAUGGACUUUUGGGAAAGUCUUGGGCUUGGACCGUCGCAGGGACCGAAAGAUGUCCACGCGGUCUGUGUUUUCCCAGAAAAGGGUGGUAUGUCGGAUCACGUGGACACUUUCUUGAACCGCAUGCGAAAUGUUUAUGAAUCUCUCAAGCUUGGAAGUUUUGAGCGGCUGCCUUCGAGCAGCAGCAUCUCGGAAGGACUGCUGUCUUACGAAGCUGAGGGCAGCUCUGUAUCCGUAGUUGAGUCUCCAGGGUCACUCAUGCCACCACAAAGCACACCAGUGGCCGAUCAGAUGGGGAAAUUGAGCCAGGCUCUCGCAGCUGCGGCAGUCGAUCGCAAGAACUUUGUUGUAUAUUUCAUCUACAACCCGGCAAACCCUGCUUCGAUCGUUGACUGCUGUGCAGCAUUUCAACGUCUUUACGAGUUGUUCAAGAGAAUAUUGACAGAAAAACGUUUGUCUGUUACCAACGAGCUCGUAAUGCAGCUCAUACCGCUCGACAUUGUAGCAGCGCCCUCAUCUCUGGCCAUACCGGCACCUUCAGAGUAUGUUAGGCUUUCUCUGGAGACAUACGACCGUUGCACCGUGUGCGAUGGUUCAAUGCCUAUGCCGGCUGUCAUUCUGGAGCAAUCGCUACCAAGGAUGAUCGAUUUCAAGCUGAUUGGAACGUCUUCCACGAACGUUCUGCACGAAAACUCAUGCAUGCAUGUUGCUUAUGCGCAGAGCGUCGACGAGCGUUGGAUCACGGCAGCAUGGACUGAUAACCGCGGCCUCAAGCAGAUGACUGCUUCAUACUGCCUGGGAAGAAGGGAAAGGCCGCUGACGACCUCUUUCGCAAAGGUGGCGCAGGAGAUCUGGGAAACCACCCAAGACGUUAUCUCGGCUUGGAAGGUUCACUGGCAGAUCAUCAUUUCCAAGUGUGGUCCCAUGGAGCCACAUGAAAUCGAGGUCUGGACUAGUCUCCAGCAGGGUGAAACAAAGGAACCUACGACCAGUCUCACCUUAUUGGCGGUAGACACUGACCCAUCAUUGCACCUUAUUCCGCCUUUAGUCAAGAUACCAUUGUCUGCUCCUACUGCAUUCUACACCACCCCGGCCUCAACACCGCAAGCUUCGGUGAUGUCUCCAGACGGCAACACUCCCGCAACACCUAUGGGGGCUACUGGCGGGACAGCUGUCCCGACGACCCCGGGCGCUGAGACCACACCGGCCGAGUCGGAUCCUGACACCAUACUUCUUGACAUCACUGAUACCACAUGGGGAGCUGUGCUGUCGCACAGGCUCAAUAACGCGGCUUCUGUUGUGGAACUGAAUCCUACGUUGGUCAGCGGCUACCUGGUCAAGCGUGGAGGUACGCGGGUGGAGGACCCGCCGGUUGUGAUGGAGGUCAAUGUCAUGUACACCGAGGGCAACCCGCGCAUGUACGAAGCGUUACUCCGGGAAAUGCUGACAUAUUUCAGGGGUCUUGGGUCUUUAGCCCGAGCCAGGGGCAUGGUUGAUCGCGAUACAGAUAUCAGGCCAUGGCAUGUGGCUGCUGCCGAGAAAGGUGUGCAAGUUUUGUACCAACUUAUGUGA